AUGCAGAAAGGUAUUACUGUUUGGCUGGAUGUGCCUUUGGACGCAUUGGCUCAAAGAAUUUCUGAUGUUGGAACUGGUUCACGUCCCCUUCUGCCUAAUGAAUCAGGCGAUAUUUACUCCAAGAAAAUUGUUAUAUUGAAUGAAUUUGACCAUUACAGAGUAGGGGUAAACCUAAAUUUAACCACUUUCCCAAAGUGUGAAAAAUUGUCUGAAGUUACUGGAAACAACCCAAUAAUAAUGGGAACAAAGAUGAUUGUUCAAACUAAGAGAGGACUGUUGUUGUCAAGCCGUGAAUCAAGUACAAUCGAAAUCAAUCCUGACAAUUACGAAGCAACUACUCUUCAUCAAUGGUACGACUCUUAA